AUGUCUGCACAAGACCGUGUUCAGCACUACGUUGCUCAGCUCGAUAGUGAGCUUUCGAAAUAUCCCGUCCUGAACAACAUCGAGAAGCAGACUUCGGUUCCUAAGGUCUAUGCUGUCAUCGGUGUAGCCACACUUUAUUUCUUUUUCAUCGUCUUCAACCUCGGCGGUCAACUUCUAACCAACUUCGCUGGUUUCGUCAUUCCCGGAUACUAUUCCCUAGCUGCCUUGUUCAGUGCUACAAAGUCCGAUGACACUCAAUGGCUAACGUAUUGGGUCGUUUUCGCCUUCUUCUCCGUCCUUGAAAGUGCCCUUAGCGUUGUCUACUGGUUCCCUUUCUACUACACCUUCAAGUUUGUCUUCUUGCUCUGGCUCUCGCUACCCGUUUUCAACGGCGCUCAACUUGUCUUCCGCUCUUUCAUCCAGCCCACCGUUGGACGAUACUUCUCCGAGUCCGGUUCGACUGCUGCCAACUUACGCGCCAAGGCCGACUCCUUCGGCAAGGACCAGUAA